CCGGUACCCCGGCUUCUUGGCACCGAAACUCAAUUUCAUCUCCCGCCUCCCCGCUCUCCCAUUCUUCAACAACUCACCUCGACUCAUUCAAGCCAUGGCCAACGAUUCUGAGCCGCGCGCUGAGACUCCAGUCGCGGCGCUUGCGCACCCCGGCGCCUCCUUUCUCACCGACAUCAACCACGUCACUCUACCCGACGGCCGCACGCUGCAGACCUACACGGCCGGAAAAGGAGACGAUGUAAUCGUGCUCGAGUCCGGCAUGGGAACGGGCGGAGCGUACUGGGGUCUUGUGGUCGACGAACUGGUCGCGCACCCCGUACGAGUUGUCGCCUACGACAGGGCCGGGUACGGCGGUUCGUCGCCCGCGACCGACGCACGGCGGGUGGAGGAUCUCGCGAACGACCUCCUCGCUCUUGUCGCGACGCUUGACGCGCGCCGCAUCCUACUCGUCGGACACAGCUGGGGUGGGCCGAUUCUCCGUGUCGCCGCAUCCAAGCUCGACCAGAGCCGUCUCGUCGGCCUCCUUCUCGUUGACCCGUCCGACGAGCUCUGCCCCUUCUACUUCACCCGCAAGAUGACCUUCCUAUUGUGGCUCGGCACCUACCUCUACAUCGUCUACUACUACCUGGGCAUGCUGCCCAAGAUGGCGCGCGGCAUGCUCGAUCCUCUCCCAGAGCCAUACAUGUCCGCCGCGCUGGCCGGAUGCACUAAGGCGGCGGCGCGUGCGAGCUCGAUGGAGGUCGCGAACAUCGGGUCAAAGCUGCGCUCCUGCGAGACGGCCGAUCUUAGUGGCGUACGUGUCACGCUUAUCUCGGCGGGUGGGGGCGAGAUGGGGCAGGAGAUGCGCGAUGCACUCACGGCCGCACACAAACAACGUGUUGAGCGGGUCAAGGGCCGUUUCGUGCACGCCGAAAAGAGCCCACACAAUGUCAAUGUGCACGAGCCAGCCCUGGUGGCGAGUGAGGCGAUGAUGCUUCUUGGACAGGACUGGCGCGCCGACUAGGGUGGCAGAAUUAUUUGAGCGUUGCGCGGCGGCAGCCGCCAUGGGCCGCUUUAUUGGGUUCUUUGGGCUAAUGAAAACCCCCUGUGUGCGAAACCGCCGUUAGGAGCCUGGGGACCGGCGCGAACGGCUAGCGGGUGGCACACCCCAACUUCCAUAUCACAAUAGGCUACAAAUGAGACCGCGCAUUCCACACCAUGAAGGGCAAUGUGACUCUAUC